AUGAAAGGCCACUGUGAGAGGGUGAAUGAAGCGUCCAACGUGAAGCUAUGUUCUCAGCUAAAAGUAGUGUUUCACAUGGCUAAAAACGACAUUGCAGCACUCAGCCAGCAGGACCAAUCGCCUUCGUCAAAUGACAGCAACGCUCGGGAUGAAGAUGUGAAAAGCCUAAAGCAGCAGUGCACUGUCCGCUGGUUAUCCUUGCACAGGGCAGUGGAGGGUAUCAAGCUAAACUGGCCUGCUCUGGUGAAGGAGCUACAUGAAGAGGCUGUUGGAGGAAAUGCCCAAGCAAAAGGCAUCCUUGGUCAAAUCCAGCCAUACUGCUUUAUCGCCUGGACUCACGCACUGGCUGAUGUGCUACCUGUUAUGACCAAACUGAAUUUGGUUUUCCAGAAAGAGGAUGUCAAUCUGGCCACAAUCCGACCAAUGGUUCACGCAUCAGUUGCGGCACUCACACAGUUGAGGGAUUCCCCCGGUCCCGAAGAAGAGAGAUUUCAGGCAGAUUGCCAAAAUGGCAUGUACAGGGAUGUGAAUGUGACACACGCAGAUGACCGGUCCCGGCAGGCUUUCAGUAAUGUCCGCGUACGCUACAUUACACAUCUUAUAGAUGCUUUACACAACCGCUUUCCUGAAGAGUCCCUGAGUAUUAUCACUUGCUUUGACGUCCUUCUGAACCCAUCCCGAUACCCAGAUGCACAAAGUGCUCUUCAAAUAUACGCUGAACCAGCCCUCAGAACCAUUAUUGGUCAUUUUGGCCAAGGGAUUGCCAGCGAGGAUGACUCAGCGCAAGCCAGUGCCCCUCUCAUUGAUGCCACAAGCGCCCACAGAGAUGCCAUCCCCGUGAUGACAGCACUCCGCGGAUACGGAGGCUUGCAUUUCUUACCGGCUUGCGAAGUCCUCGUAAGAGAUUUAGGCAACAUCUAUCCUGAGUGGGCCACACUGGCCAAGAUAGCAUGCGUGUUCCCAGUCUCCAGUGUGCCGGCAGAGAGAGGAUUCUCUCUACAGAACAGAAUCAAAACAGCGCAGCGAAGUCGGCUCGGCGAGAACAAGGUCACACGGCUCAUGCGCAUUGCCAGUUGUGGAGAGACACUCGGGACCUUUGAUUUUAAAUCCGCAGCUACCCACUUCACAGGUCUGAAACAGCGCAGAAAGUAGGCUAAAACAUCAUAAGCUAGGCAUUUUGCUCUAGUUUUGUCAAAGAGUUUGUGUUACAAUUUGUUUAAAGGCUAUUUGAUAACAAGUCGGCAGCUGCAAGCUUUUAUUAAAAUGCUCACGACAGGCCUAUACUCUUUUAGUUUGUGAACAAAUAAUAAUCGUUAUGUUUUAUUUUAUCCGACUAUAUGUAGGCCUAAAGCUGAAGAACAUGGGUUUUUUGUUUAUUUUAUUAUGGCUUGCGUAAUAUAGGCUAUAUUUAUUUAUUUUCCGUUACGCACGAUAUCGGCAGAACUUGUUUGAACUUUUAUUAAAAGUAACUUUUCAAUAAAAGAUACAUCUGAA